AAAUAAUUAAGCCCUUUUAACAGAACUAUAUAUUAAACGAUAUUCUAAAACCUUAGAUCUUCUUUCUAAUUGUUUUUCUUUGAGUGUAAUGAUGCAGACAAUAAGUUUUGUGGAGUCAAGUAGAGUCAAGGUGAAGGGAUUAUUGUCAUUGAACAGCCAAAUGUUCCACAUCGUCAUUAAUCGAUGCCGUGAUGUUAAGAUCAACGAUAUUCGGAUCGUGGCGGAUGGAAAAAGCCCGAACACAGAUGGCAUUCAUGUCCAACUAUCAACUGAUGUUGAAAUUCGUAACGCUUCCAUCAAAACUGGUGACGACUGUAUCUCCAUUGGCCCCGGAACCAAGAACUUGUGGGUCGAACGAGUCACAUGUGGCCCUGGUCAUGGAAUCAGCAUUGGGAGCUUGGGAAAAGAUAGAGAAGAGGAAGGGGUACAAAAUGUGACGGUGAAGAAGACAGUUUUUGUAGGAACAGACAAUGGAUUAAGAAUUAAGUCAUGGGCUAAUCCAUCGUCCGGUUUUGUUCAGAGGGUUCGAUUCUUAGAGUCUCUUAUGUCCAAUGUCAAGUUUCCUCUCAUCAUUGACCAACACUAUUGCCCUCAUAACAUAAACUGUCCUACUCAGGUACCAUAAUCAAAAACAUUUUUUAUUACAAUUAGAAAUCAUUACUUUAUUUGGACUGGGGAUUACCUAUAUAUACUGUAUAUAAAGUGUUUUGUGAAAUCGUUAAAACUAAGAAUAACAAUAUAAAAGUAUUUUGAGUAUUAUCUACUAUUAUUACUUUUAAUUACUAUAGAUAAAUAAAGAUGAAAUGCUUAAGUCACUUUCACUCUGAUCAUAAUUCAUAAUCAAAUACAUAUCAAUUAAAGAAACAACAUUGAUGCCAUACAGCUCUAAGGAUUUAAUUACAUUUUGAAAUAAUGAUAUAGGAAUCAGGAGUGAGGAUAAACGAUGUGAUAUAUCAAGGCAUAAGAGGAACAUCGGCUACAAAAAUUGCGGUAAAAUUGGAUUGCAGUGCUAAAGCUCCAUGCACACGUAUUAGAAUGAAGGACAUUAGUCUGAGAUAUGCUAAUGAAGCUGCACAAUCUUCAUGUGUCAAUGUCCUUGGAGAUGCACUUGGUUUGGUCAAACAUCAAACCUGCUUCUGAUUAUCAUUCUAUGAAGAUCUUAAAAGCCACAAAAAUUAUAGCAUAUUUGUAUAUAAAUAUAUUUUUAAAAAGGUUCAUAUUUGUUAAAAAAAUAUAUAUAUACUUGUAGUAUUGAUUGUGUUGUGUUAAUAUUUGUAGGUGGGCCAGCAUAUAUGCUGAUAACGGCCCAUUACGAUAAUUUUUACGGACAAUUAAAAAGGUUAUUAUACCAAUUUAAAAGCUAUUUCGACGAAAACUUAGGGUAUGACUGGUUUUCCCGCUACCACCCGCAAACACAGCUUUUGUGGUUGGUAGCAGUUGUUAACGUUUUGCAACAAUCCUUCAAACCGUUCCAAACCGCUCCAAAUCGCUCUGAACCUCAUAAAUUCAAAAGCUGGUUCCAGCUAGCGUUUGCGGUUGCGGGCGGUUGCGGGAGGAUAAAAAAAUAUUCUUUUUUUUCCAAAACAAUAUAAAUACAAAAAUAAAAAUAUUCAAUAAAAAAUUAAAUUAGAAUUAUAAAAAUGCUAAAAUAUAUCUAUUAUAUUUUAAUUAAUAUUAUAAAAGUUUAA